UCGCGUAUAAACGGCAUGCAGUUAUUUAUAUUUUCUCUAGCGAUACUGUAGCUGCAGUCCAACAUUGUAGGCAGCAUGCAGCAGACAUGGUUUUUGAUAGUCACCUUGGGUUACAUCCAUACAGUUUUAACUUUACCUCAAACGCUUAGAGCUUUAGAGGAUGAAGAGGGGAAAGCGCUAGCUUUUUUGGAAGAAGAAGAACGCAUUUUAGCCGAAAAAUGCUUCGAAGCAGCGGAAGCCAGCUGGAAUUACAACACAAAUAUAAACGACGUUAACCAGCAGAAGGAGUUGAACGCAAGUUUAGAAUAUUCAAAAUUUGCCAAAAUGUUUUGGCAGAAUUUAAACAGCAAAUUCAAAUCGUGGCCUGAUUUCAAAGACCCGGAUCUCAAAAGAAGAUUCAUUAGAGCAACUGUUCUUGGCUCAUCCGCACUACCGGAAGAAGAUCUCGUGCAAUAUAAUCAACUCGAGUCGAACAUGAAAAAAACUCAAAGUACGACCAAAGUAUGUGCCUACGAAGAUCCAGCUAAUUGCAACCUAUCCUUGGAUCCGGAUGUUAAAAAAAUCAUGAAGGAAAGCCGAGAUGAAAAAGAACUUCGUCACAUGUGGUCAGAAUGGCACAAUAAGUGCGGGAAUAAAAUCAGAAAGCCCUAUGAACAAUUUGUCAAAUUAAGCAACCAAGCAGCUCGCCUAAAUAAUUUUUCUGAUACUGGACUUUACUGGCUUCGAGAGUAUGAGUCAGCAACGAUAAAAGAAGAUUUUGAAAAGCUGUAUGACGUACUUGCGCCGCUCUAUAAACAAAUUCACGCAUAUGCAAGAGCCAAAUUGCGCAACGUUUACGGAGACCAAUUUUCUUCAGACGGACUUAUCCCAGCUCAUUUACUUGGCAAUGUUUUUGCGUCCAACCUGGAUGGUGUGUACUCGUUAUUAAUUCCUUAUCCCAAACGAGUUUCCAUUGAUGUUACCGAAGCAAUGAGGGCACAGGGAUACACUCAGUUGAAAAUGUUUCAGAAAUCCGACGAAUUCUUUACCUCAUUAGGUCUGAUUCCAAUGCCCGAAGAAUUCUGGGCAAAAUCGCUUAUUGUGAAGCCAAAAGACCGUGAAGUUAUUUGUCAUGCAACCGCUUGGGAUUUCUGUAACGGAAAAGACUUUAGAAUCAAACAAUGCACCGAGGUCAACAUGCGAGAUUUCAUUACUGUCCACCACGAAAUGGGACAUAUCCAAUAUUAUCUGCAGUACAAGGAUCUGCCACAUAUAUAUCGCGAAGGAGCGAAUCCAGGUUUCCACGAAGCUGUUGGAGAUACGUUGGCUCUUUCUGUACAGACUCCAAAACACUUGAAAGAGAUCGGUUUACUCGAUCAGGCCACUCAGAUUGAUGACUACGAAACUUCCAUCAAUUUUCUGAUGGCCAUAGCUCUGAAAAAAGUCGCCUCACUUCCAUUUGCGUACAUAAUCGAUAAAUACCGUUGGGCCAUUUUUGAUGGAUCAGUCGAUCCCUCAGAGUAUAACUCGUAUUGGUGGAAAUUGAGGAAGGAAUAUCAAGGCAUUAAGCCUCCCGUUGAACGAUCGGAAGAGAAUUUCGAUCCGGGCACUAUAUACCAUGUCGCUUCUCACGUCGACUACAGCAGGUAUUUUGCGGCCACUAUCAUUCAGUUUCAGUUCCAUCGUUCCCUUUGCAAGGAAGCUGAUCAAUACGAUCCGCAAGAUCCUUUAAAACCUCUGUAUAAUUGCAACAUUUAUCGAAGCAAGGCAGCCGGAUCAAAACUAGCAGCUGGACUUGCAAUGGGAGCAUCCCGACCUUGGCCAGAUGUCAUGAAGUCGAUGACCGGUCAAGAAAUAAUGGAUGGAUCGGCCAUACGCGAAUAUUUUAAGCCACUGGAAGAAUGGCUGGAGAUUAGAAAUGCCCAACUUGGCGAAGUACCUGGAUGGGCUUCAAUUUACGAAUUAAAUUUGACAGUAGCUUCAGACAUGGAGUGGAGACUGGCAGCUAUUUUAGGGCUCUGCCUUUUGGCUAGCGCUUAUUCACUUCCUUCAGUAAGUUUGUCGGAAGAAAAUGAUUUGGAAACAAAGGCUCGUUUGAUUCUGGACGAGUACAACCGACAGUCGUCGGAAGCGUGUUUCAAAUCAGCCAGCGCCAAUUGGAACUACGCCGUAAACAUCAAUGACGACAAUGAAAAAAUUAAGCUGCGGGAGAGUUUAGAGAACACCAAAUUCCAAAAGGAAUCGUGGAAAAAUAUUUCCAGCCAGUUCAAAACCAGAGACAGUUUUAAAGAUCCUGUUCUGAAGCGAAUGUUUCAAAAGAUAUCCAUCACUGGAAUGUCAGCCGCAGCCCUGCCUGAAGAAAAACUGAAAGAGUUUCAACAAAUAAAAAGCACCAUGGCCAAAAUUUACAGCACGGCAAAGACAUGCGCUUAUGAAAACCAGUCUCAGUGCAAUCUUCCUUUAGAUCCAGAUGUGACGCAAAUAAUGAAGGAAAGUCGCGAUGAAAAAAAAUUGCGACACGCCUGGUUAGAAUGGCACGAUAAAUCUGGUGUUGAGAUAAGGAAAUUUUACAAACCCUACGUCGACUUCAGCAACGAAAUCGCCAGAAUAACCAACUUUAGUGACGCUGGGGCGUUUUGGCUGAGAGAAUAUGAGUCUGAUACGAUCAAGGAAGAUAUUGAGCAACUCUGGCAAACUUUAAAGCCAUUUUACCAACAAAUGCACGCAUACGUGAGAGCAAAGUUAAGCGAAACUUACAAGGAUCAAAUAACAGAGGACGGGCUUAUUCCUGCUCAUCUUCUCGGCAACAUGUGGGCUCAAUCUUGGGAACACAUUUACCCAUUGGUUGUUCCCUUCCCAGAAAAGGCAUCGAUUGACGUCACUGAGCAAAUGAAACAACAGGGCUACACACCGCUAAAAAUGUUCCAGAAAUCGGACGAGUUCUUCACAUCGUUGGGUCUUAUUCCAAUGCCACCCGAGUUUUGGAAGGAAUCUCUCUUAGAAAAGCCCAAGGAUCGCGAGGUGGUGUGUCAUGCUUCAGCUUGGGACUUUUGCAACGGAAAAGAUUUUAGGAUUAAACAGUGCACGGUCGUUACCACAGAACAACUCGUCACAGUUCACCAUGAAAUGGGACACGUACAAUAUUAUUUACAAUAUAAAGAUCAACCGCUCGUAUUCCGCCGAGGAGCCAACCCAGGAUUUCACGAAGCGGUCGGGGACACACUGGCGCUAUCUGUCACGACACCCAAACAUUUGAAGGAGAUUGGUUUGCUGGACGAAUCAACUCCAACAGAUGAUUACCAGACAUCAAUCAAUUUCUUGCUGGCCAUGGCCUUAGAAAAAAUAGUUUUCGUUCCAUUCGGCUACCUUAUCGACAAAUAUCGCUGGGACAUCUUCGAUGGAACUGUUAAGGAAACCGAGUACAAUGCGUACUGGUGGAAACUCAGGAAAGAAUAUCAAGGAGUUAAACCACCCAGCACUCGAACAGAAGAACAUUUUGAUGCCGGUGCAAAGUAUCACGUCCCCGCGGACGUCGAGUAUUUGAGAUAUUUCGUGAGCCACGUCAUCCAAUUUCAGUUCCAUCGUUCCUUGUGCAAAGAGGCCGGCCAAUACGACGCGCAAGAUCCACUGAAGCCGCUUCACAAUUGCGAUAUUUACCGGAGCAAAGCAGCUGGAGCGAAACUAGCUGCUGGCCUGGCAAUGGGUUCGUCUCGGCCAUGGCCUGAAGUAAUGAAAGUAAUGACCGGUCAAGAGAAGAUGGAUGCUUCAGCUAUACGCGAAUAUUUUAAACCACUUGAAGACUGGCUUGUUUUGGAAAAUGCAAAACUGGCUCAAACACCUGGAUGGCAAUCAUAACCGUUUUGAAAGGAAAGCAAUUCUCAUUAUUGAAUCUGACUCUGAUUUCGCAGCUUUACAUGCUUGUUUUUAAA